UGGAGUGGCGCGAUAGUGAACGACGUAACGAGUUUGUGAAAUUUCAAGAUUGCACUUGGAUGGUUCGAAAAUAACAAUAAAUGGAUUCGAAAAAAUUAUUAUAGAGUGCAGAAUUCAGAGCACAUGCGGUUUCUCCGACCACGUGGGCCGCACGUUAUUCGUACAAACAAGUGCCAGAGAACGUAACCCCCCGAAAACCGUAAACAAAACCAAGACAACGGGCACGAAAUUUCUCCUCGAAAUUAUCUUAAAAGUUGAGAAAAACUUGACCAAGCAAAUAUGAAGUUGAGCUAGCAGCAGUCAUGAGAUAAAAAAAUGAUUUGCUCCUGAUAAAAUAGAUCUAACCUGCAUUAAAAAAAAAAUUAAUGUGGAUUCACCUCAGCACGUGGAGUGGAGUCAAACGAUUUUACACUAAAGUGGUAGACAAACACAGUAAAAAAUGAUGUAUUACAAAUUCUGCGAGUUGAGAAUUUCACAAUGCAGAAAUUAGGUAACAUCAUCCUCAGGAUCUCAUCUGAUCACCUGCUCAGUCAGUUCAAUCCUCAAAAAAUCUGCAAGAAUGUCAGUAAAUCACAAGAAUUGAAUCAUCGCUACCACAACAUUAUUCUGCCUGGAAAAAUUCUAAUAUUGUCAAACAUUAUGGCUGAAGAAGAACCCACAUGCAAACGAUUUAAACCUUCAAUUCCGUUGAACCAUAUUUACAAUCCAGAAUUCGAGUCCCUCUUCCGGAGGCACUGGCUAGAAUUCACUCCCCUAAAAAGUUCCAGACUGGAAAUAAUCACCACUCCAUUUCGUGUCUGCAAGAUUCCAAACUUCAUUAGAAGUGCGACAUUUAUGGAAGAAUUGAAAAAUGAGCUGUCAGUGGUAAAGGGUAGAAGAGAGGGAAUGGAUCUUUAUUGCUUCGAACAAACAGAAGACCUCGGAGACGUCAAGACCGAGUACAUAACUCGACUGCACGACGUUUUCGAGAACGAUGUGAGAAGUUGGAUUGACACCAAUGCUGGAAUUGGCCUGAGCACCGCAAUUUCUAUGUUUUCAUCUUGUUAUUGUGAUACUGAUUACUUCCUCUGCCACGAUGACUAUAUGGCUGACAGAAAAAUUGCCUACGUACUCUAUUUAUCUGAGAAUUGGACCGCAGAGGACGGUGGAUCACUCGAUUUAUUCGACACUGACUCCCUGGAUCGCCCCAGGGAUAUAGUUCACUCUCUUAUCCCUGAAUACAACUCUUUAGUCUUCUUCGAGGUGACAAAUACCUCUUACCACCAAGUUGCAGAGGUAAUAUCUCCUGACAAGAGUAGAUGGACGGUACACGGAUGGUUCCAUAGUCCAGUUAGUCGUGACACUCGACCUCCAAGACCUGCAAUUGAGUUAACGUUUCACCAACCUUCAGAGACUGAUGGAGAAUUGAGUUCAUGGGUAAUGGACUCGUAUCUCUCGAAAAAUAUUGUGAUUGGCAUCCAAGGGGAACUUGAAAAAAAAUUCUGCACUCAUCUUGCUCACUUCUUCAAGGAGGAGGUCUACCUGAAAGUUUCUACUGAGUUAAUAAGCGAGGAGAUCUCUUGGAAAAAAAUGGGACCUGCUGAUCGUAGAAACUAUGAGGUAGCUGAGGAGACUACUCUGCCAAGUACUCUUAGGAAAUUUUAUGAGAUGUUCAAGUCAAUUGAAUUCUUUAGACUGUUGAAAAACUAUACUGAACUCGAACUCAUUCCUGAUGGCAAUACAAUGAAACCUAGGAUGGUGAUUGAGCUGCAGAGGUGGUCCAAGGGUAGCUAUACGCUCAUUUAUGAGCCGGAGGAAUGUGAACAAAAUUAUGGGGACAUUGUCAAAGCAGUGGAAUGCUCAAAAACAUUGAUUUCGAAGAGAAAGGAGGUCAGCGAGGAAAUUGUUAAAGAUCUUGAGUGUCUUGGUAAAAAGAAUAUCAAUGGUUUGAAGAAAAUUCCGAAAGCUAGCGAGGUGUACAGCAGCAGUGACAACUCGGAUGAUGAGAGAGUCAUGACUAUAAAGAUGAAGAAAAAAAAGUGGAGGGAGGACCAGCCAACUUGCUCAAGAAUCGAGAAUUACGAGGAGGAGCGGAGAGAUUCAUCUCUUCAACCUGACACGGAUGAUCCUGAUGCCUCUGAUAUCGCCGAUUCUCUCUCCGAUUCGUCCAAGUACACGGAAACUGAUGACCAGUCUGGAGAUCCUGUUGCUGAACCAGCCACUCUAGAUGUGAUCAUGCAGUUCAACACUAGUCAUGGAUCUGAGGAUGAUACCAUUGAUUACGUUGAUUGUAAGGAGCAAGAUACACCUAUUAUUCGAGUUCCCUCUGAAGAUAAUCAUCUCUGUUUAAUUCGAAAAAUCCCUGACACCUGCAGAUUGCAAAAAUAUGUCAAUCAUUAUUACGAGGGAUUUUUUUACAAUCUCAUUUGCACUUAUUAUGAAUGAAACAAUUAUUUUUGAAUCUUAUAAAUAAGUGGUUUAUACGGAGAUGAUAGAAAGGCUGUCCUCAAAGUCAAACGAGUGAGAACAAAAAGCAGGAAUAACUUCAAGUUCUCAUUCCACGUACUAUAUGGGUUUAUUGUUAUUUUUCUCACCUUUAUUUAUUAGUUUUAAACGAUGUGAUAAAAAUUUAUUUAUCCUCAGUUUGUUUUGGAAAUAACUAUGAUGUACAAAUCUGUACUAUAGGAUGAGACAACAAAAAAUGAAAAGUGGGUUGAUCUUUACGAUUGAAUGGUUUCGAUGAAUGAUGGUCAAACAUGAGGAUCUAUUACGAUGUAAUCUUGUACAUGUAACAUAAUCUUCGUGUUAAUAAAUAUCAGUAUUUAUGAUCUAUGAUUUCGU